CCAAGUUUCAAUCUAACUUACAUAGGGCAUCUAAAGGCGAGUUGUAUAGUCUUCAUGCCCCCUUACCUUCAUAGAUAGUUACCAUUUAGUUCUUAAUAUCCUCAGAUGCAGGCGAUACACCUUGAUCGUCGCUUUUGCCAACGGCUCGCGUCAUUCACGAAUCGCCAGCUCGCUGGUCCGAGUCGUGUCAACGUCCUGAACAACCUCACACAUGUGAGACAUUACACACCCAUAAAGUUCCCCAAGUAGUCCCUUCAGGAUGCCUUUCGGGACCCAUCCUCGCCUUUCCACAUUCCACGGGGAAAACAAGGUCCAGCACAUGAGAACGAUCAUGAUCAUAUGACUGAAUCUGAGGUUGCUGAAGCUGAGAGGCUUGUUGCUGAAGAAGGACGUAGGAAGCUGCUCGAGUUGGGGUAUGACCCGACUAGUUUUUGGGAGCAACAAGUGGUUUGGGGUGAUCAUGAUUCAUUCCAACACGUCAACAACGUCCGAUACGUAAGAUUCUUCGAAUCCGGCCGCAUAAAGUGGAUGACCUCGUUAGGUGACGAAAUCGGAGGCCCAGAGAAAGCAGAAGCCAUGCUCAAAGGAAACGGCAUCUCACUCAUCCUAAAAUCCAUCUCCGUCAACUUCAAACGACCGGUCACCUACCCAGACACCCUUCUCAUCGCUCACAAACCGCACACCAAGAACACGUUUUCGUCAGCUCACACUAGUGUUGGCGGGGCCGAGAAGAAUGGUUCUCGUUCUCCUGAUUCUACUGAGCCGGAGGAGAAAAAGUUGAAGUUGCCGAAGACGCAUUUCCACGCACUCGGCAUAGCGUAUUCGUACGCCCAAAGGAGGAUCGUGACCGAAUCGGAUUCUGUUCUCGUCUGGUAUGAUUAUGAUCGACUAACCAAGUGCGAUCCGGGAGAAAAGGCUAGGGCGGUAUUACAGAGGAGGUUGGCUGAAGGGUUGGCUAGACAGCACGAAGCCGCGGCGGCGAAUGCGUCAUCAUAAUCGUGUUUUCGCAUCUAUAAUGUACAAUAUACACCUGCUCAUCUAGAAGAUACAGUAUGUAAAUAUCGCGUACAAUGUUCGAGUACACCAACUAUAGAGCUACAAACGGUAGAGAACUGGAUUCACUCAGGUCUGGUUGGAGGCGGUUGCAAGUCUAAGCUAUCAUAUACAUUGUUCGUAUGCGUAUAAUGCGUGUCAGCCCAAAUGCCAACGUGGAUAUCAAAAAUCCAGAAAACCAUCUAUAUGAUACAAGGUAAUGCAACUUAAUGCAGUCUGAUGCGAGUAAUGAAUAUGCACCCGGGAGAGUGAUCAUUCCACAAUGUUAAGUUCCCGCCUCCGCGUGCGCGCGAACUGAUCUUUAUAGGUAUGCCAAAUC